UCAAGGCUCAGACAAAGGAAGAUAGACGUGCAAACAGGGCGUAGAUUGAAUCUCAAAGCAAAAAAUAAAAAAUUUCCUUGCGACCUUUUGUUUUUCAUACAAUAACCCUAUCAACCAAGCGAUUUUUGUUCUUUAUACCGCUUGAUUUUUUUCUUCUCUGUUUUUUUUCUAUUUUCCGUUAUUCAUGUCUUCCGCUCCAAGCGCAAUAGUCCUUACGUCUUCGAUUGUAGGGCAGAUAUUGAUGGAGGUCUCCAGAAAGAUCGUCAGACCAUCCAUUAUUCUCCCGAUUAUUGGCUUUGCGUUUUUUUUCGACAUGGCCGAAGUUGUCAUUAGCGAUUAUGUGGACGAGUGGGAAGACGAACUCGAACGAGAAGGCAUUCACGUGGAUUACGAUGACGAGCCUUAUGAUGACGAUCCAUAUCCCUUCUAAACCUGGUUCACCGUGUUCUUUUGCCAGUAACAAAACGUCCGUUGGUGCUUACUUCUUCGGAAAGCAUUUCUGCAAAAGGAAAGAAUUCACUGAGACAUACGUCACAUCAACACCAUGCGCCUCUAAAAAAAAAAAAAAAAAAAAAAGACAAAUCUGCAGCUCUCCUUUCUACCUUUUUCACACCAUGUAUCGUCAACUCACACAACAAAAUCCUACUUUAACCAACCGUCCUACCCGAUCACCACCUCCAAUGCACAAUGUCCAUCCAGCAUUUGGUACAAGUAUACCCGCAUGUCACUGUCCACCUACCCAUCGGUUUGACUCGGCGAUAAUAAGUCCCAUCUUUUUUGGGUACUGUAACCCUUCACGGCCAGAAUCUUUGCCAAAACAACCUCAACAACAACAACAACCGUAUCUCCAAACCAGUAAACUAUAAUAAGACCGAAUUUCCCACGAUCGGCGUAUCUGCUGUAUUUCAUGUAUCAUAACUCAU